AUUGAGACGGACGUGCGAAGCGCUUGAACUUUUUCGCGAUUUCACAAAAUCGUCGAUUAAGAAAAUUUGAUGAAAAACAAUUUUUUGUUUCGUUCAUUGCUAACAAAUUCUGUGUUUCAGUUGAAAUUUAUAAGAAAAAAUAUUUGGCUAACAGCACUUAAUCUAACUAAAAUCGAUGUUAAGGGACAUUUAAUGAAAAGAGAAGCAUUGUAAACAUAUCAUUUUAAAACUGAAUGGCAAACGUUACUUGAAAAAGUCAUAAUUUAUAAAGCGACCAGUUGCAAUGUUUAUAAAAAUUUAAAUUAAUAAAGUGCAUAUGACAUAUGUAUAUACACACAAACAAAAUUAAACUUAAUUAAAGUGAAAAAUUUGCAUACUUUUUGGCGCAAGAAGUCUUACAAUACAAAAGGUGUUUAAAAAGAGCGUGGAAAAAGUGGAAAGCGUGCAUGAAAAAAAAUAUAAAUAACAAAAAAAUAUAAAAAAAAUACAAAAACAAUAAAAUAACGCGUGCUAUAAAUAUACGAACUGCAGCCGAACAGCGCAGCCGUGUAAGCUAACGAGAGCAUUGCGAAACCUUUAAUUUGAAAACGUGUACAACUGAAUGCGCUGCAAAAGCAACGACACUCAAUUGCUUUUAUUUAACUUUAAUUCGUAACGGCUCUUUUAAUUACACUUAAGCCCGAUGUUAUAAACCACACGGGUAUCAAACCGGUAUUACAGCGUGCAACAAAAGAACUAAUCCACAAAAAAGGCAAAAUUUAACUUAUUAAAGUCGACGCCGUCAACACGCGCUUCAUUUUUUGUUGUUGUAGCUGCUUCUUUUUAUUUGCUGCCACACACACACACACACAGGCGCAUCAUGGGAUUAAUAAGCUGUUGCCUCUGGUGGCUGCUACUCAUUAAUGGACUGCUGCAGCAGACGACGCUUCACAGUGCGGCCUUUGUGGGCGCAUCGCUGAUUGGGCCGUCACGAGCUAAUGGCUCCACCUGCGGCACUGAACAAUUCAGAUGCAACAAUGGUUUCUGUAUACCCAAUAGAUGGCGCUGCGAUCAGGAGAGUGAUUGCGCCGAUGGCUCCGACGAAGCAACAACGCUAUGCAAAACAAAAACCUGUUCACCCGAUGAGUACUCAUGUAAAUCCGGCGAGGGUGAAUGCAUUCCAUUAGCAUGGAUGUGCGAUCAGAGCAAAGAUUGCUCCGAUGGUUCCGAUGAGGCUUCAUGCAAUGAGACCUGCCGCUCCGAUGAGUUCACCUGCGGCAAUGGACGUUGCAUACAGAAACGUUGGGUCUGCGACCAGGACGACGACUGCGGUGAUGGCAGCGAUGAGCGCGACUGCCCGCCAAAAACAUGCAAUCCAAAUACCGAGUUCACUUGCCGCGAUGGCGGUUGUGUCGUCAAACGUUGGGUGUGCGAUGGUGAGCCGGAUUGCGCGGAUGGCUCCGAUGAGCAGCAAUCGUGCGACAAGAAUGCCACAUCCGUUAUAACGCCGUGUCUGUCACACGAAUAUCAAUGUCGCGAUCGUAUUACCUGCCUACACCACAGCUGGCUGUGUGACGGCGAAAAAGACUGUCCCCAUGGCGAUGAUGAGCUGCAGGAGAAUUGCCGCAACACCACAUGCCGACCGGAUCAGUUCCAGUGCGGCGAUCGCACCUGCAUAGCGGGACAUUUGACAUGCAACGGCCAGGCCGAUUGUGCGGAUCGCAGUGAUGAGCAGAUGUGCGGCAUUUCGAAAAUCACCAAAUGCAAUGCCACGGCACACUUCGACUGCGGUGGCGGCCAAUGUAUACCACUGUCGAAGGUUUGCGAUCGCAAAAAGGACUGCCCGGAUGGUGAGGAUGAACCGGCGGGCAAAUGUUCGAUAAAUGAAUGUGCGUUAAAUAACGGCGGUUGCAUGCACAAAUGUAUUGACCAACCGAUUGGCUAUCGCUGUGAAUGCAACUCUGGCUACAAACUGACCGAAACAAACAAAACCUGCGUAGACAUUAACGAAUGCGAAGAUCCGGGCGCUUGCUCACAAAUCUGCAUCAAUGAAGUUGGCGGCUACAAAUGUGAAUGCGAGGCGGGCUAUAUGCGUGAUCCACGCAAUCAUACGCGUUGCAAGGCGACCGAGGGACAUGCAUCGUUGCUGUUGGCGCGCCGUCAUGACAUCAGGAAAAUCGCUUUGGACCACAUGGAAAUGACAUCGAUUGUGAAUAAUACGAAAUCGGCAACUGCAUUGGAUUUUGUCUUCCGCACUGGCAUGAUAUUCUGGAGCGAUGUGUCCACGCAAAGCAUUUACAAAGCACCCAUCGACGAGGGCAACGACAAGUCCGUUGUGCUCAAGGACCACUCGGUGACAUCAGAUGGCCUGGCCGUCGAUUGGAUUUACAAUCACAUCUAUUUCACAGACACACACAAAUGCACGCUCGAGUUGACCAACUUUGACGGCAACAUGGGUAAGGUACUCAUCGAAGACGGACUGGAUAUACCGCGCUCAAUUGCACUGGAUCCAAUCGAGGGUUGGAUGUAUUGGUCCGAUUGGGGCGCCUCACCACGCAUCGAACGCGCCGGCAUGGACGGUUCACAUCGCACCACCAUCAUCAACUACGAUGUGAAGUGGCCAAACGGUAUUACAUUGGAUCUGGUACGUAAGCGCAUCUAUUGGGUUGACGGCAAAUUGAAUAUUAUCGCGUCAGCGAAUUAUGAUGGUUCGCAGCGUCGUCAGAUCUUAUACUCAACGGAUUAUCUGCGACACCCCUUCUCGAUAACCACAUUUGAGGAUAGCAUCUAUUGGUCCGACUGGGAUAAGCAGACCGUCUUCAAGGCGAAUAAAUUCAAUGGCAAAGGAGUGGAGCCGGUAACCGCACUGCAUCAGCUGCAACAUCCGAUGGUCGUACACGUCUAUCAUCCCUACCGCCAACCGGACGGCAUCAAUCACUGUCAAGCGGUGAAUGGUCAUUGCUCGCAUUUAUGCCUGCCAGCGCCGCGCAUCAAUGAACGCAGCCCGCGCAUCUCCUGCGCCUGUCCCACCGGUCUCAAGCUGAUGGAGGAUCGGCUAAUGUGUGUCGAAGAUUUAAAUACAAAGUCAGCGUCGCAAGCGCGCCGCAAAAACUUGCCAAAGAUGUCUAAAUUCUCCACCGGUCGUAUUUCCGCCAACAACAACAACAACAGUAACGACACUGCUCGACAAGCAACAACCGCUCCAAAUAAGGAAGAGGUGGAUAAUCAUCAGGCUGGCAAUGCGACAAGUGCCGAUGGCAGCAUCAUCUCACCGACAAAUGAUUCCAGUUACUUAGCAUUAGCGAUAGUCGGUUCACUAGUCGGCUUCGGACUGGUGACAGGUGUGAUACUUUGGGUCGUUUAUCGUCAUUGCAGCAGGCGUCCCACUUCAAUGAACUUUGAAAAUCCGGUGUACCGUAAAACCACCGAAGAUCACUUUAGUUUGGAAAAGAAUAAUCUGCCGGCGCGCAUGUAUCCGAGCACAGUGGACGAAGAGUCCAAGGAGCCGUUGAACGCCGCAGCUGGCACGGAGUACCCAUCAUUACGCUCAUAAUUAUUAUUUUAUUUCUUUUUAUAAUUUUCGUUUUUGCCAUGCUUAACUCAACACCACAUAUCACUCAUACGAAAAACACCAAACAAGCAUCGCACACCACCACAGUCAGAAGCUACACAGAUGGGCGACACGCCCAACUCAUAUACGCUGCCAAAAAAAUGCUACUCAUUUUAACAUGCAACAACAGUUAAAAAGACAAAAUCCAAAAACAAAGUAAAAGACUAAAAAUAUUGCAGGAAAAAUAUGAAAAAGCGAACAAAUAAUAAAAGUCAGAUCACACACAUUAAACCGUAAAUAAUGCCGACGGAGAUUACUGAAUACAUGGUUCAUGCUAGCGAAUUUAUUUGAUGAUAAGAGGACUGGCUAAAAGGAAGGAGAGGAAGUACAGUUGCUAUAUGUAUGCUCAUUUCAGUGAGCUAAAGAAGACAAUUCAAGCAAUUUACUAGUAAAAAUCAAUAUAAUCAAAACAGAUUGAUGCAAUUGCUUGAAACGUAUAGCAAGGCCUGAAAGACUACAGUCAUGCAAAGCGAUUUUUGCACACAUUUGUUGCAGCAACAACCAUGAUCAAUAAAAAAGAAAACAAAACGGAACCACAACAAAUACAAAAGCAACGUAACAGCUAAUCAACUAGAAAACCAUAAUGCUCAGUUCCAUUGGGAAGCUAGUCCUGUAAUUGUAAACAUAAAACACGCCAAACACAAACAGAAAGACCGACUGCCUGGAAAGACAUUAUGCAAAUUCAACAAAGUUUGAAACACUUCAACUUACACUAGCUAAAUAAGUGCAACAACAACACAGACGGAGAUUUAGCAACAGACAACACACACAUACACGCACAGGAAAAUGAGCGAUUGCUGAAGUCAAGUAAAUACGCACACAUACACACAGCCACGCAAACGCACUCACUGUCAACCAGAAAGCCGAAAAAUGCACGAGUUAUUUAACUUGGCCGACUUCGACUGACAACCGGACUAUUGGAAAGCCAACACCCACUACAAACCACUUUACUGCACACACACACCCAUAAUUUGCGCUGCGCCAAUGCGCUCGCCGCACGCACACAUACAUACACACACAUGCACGCACAUGUAAAUACAUACAUACACAAGUGUAUGCUUUUAAAUUGUUUAGAAUUGUUGAGUCUUUAAUUGAAUUAAUUGAAAUUUCCAAAAAUUAAUACUUAUGUAACGUUUAGGCGCUUGAAAAGCAACAAAAAGUGUAUAAAUUUUAAAUUUAUUUAUUCUUAGUACAAUGCAAGCAAAUAGCAAUUUAAAUAGUUAAAAAUGAAAUCAAAAAUUGAAAACUGAAAACUGUAACUAAAAAAAUAUUUGUACAAAACUAUAUUUGUAUGAAAGCAGCAAUAUUUUAAAAUACAAUAAUUUGCUUAGGAAUGCGUAUAAAAAUGCGCACUCACACACAGACACACACACACUUGCUGACACAACACCACUAACACCGACACAGACACCACAAUAGCCAUAAUAACAGUUAUAAAUUACUGAAGACACAAUUGGAAAACCACAAAGGAAAAAA